GGGUGCUCUGACCUCGUUAUGAGGAUUGGCUGGUAGAUUCCAAUUUUGAAGUGGGGGAAGCGUCGCUCGCUCGCUGCGCUCUCCGCUUCGGCUGGGAGUGGUUGGGUGAGAGUAGGUUAGAGACUUCCUGCUGUCUCAGUCGGCUUCGGGCGGGUGCUGCUGUGGGUCACCUCCUGUCGUUAUUGUCUCUCUGGUCCUUCAUGGGCUGAAUUGGAGAAGGGAGUCGGAUAUAGUUCUCGAAAUAUUACUCGGAGCACCUUCUCUCUCGGAGCCUAAAGCAUGCCCCGCUCUUUGGUUAUGGCCCUUAUUUAUCAUUUGGGACUAUUUACUAAGGAGAGUUUAAAAUCAAGGAAUUUUCAUCCGUUUCUCCAGGUAAGAUUGGCUCCACCCCGUUGUUAUGUGUGGGUUUUUUUUUUUUUUUUUUGGCUUUUGGCGUUUGCUUCCUGUGGUUCGUGGAUAUUAAAUAAAGUGCGGUCGAAGUUAUAAAGUGUUCUGUACAGUUAAUCAUAUCACAGGUAGGAAAAAAUACUUUUUGGUGUCUAGGUAGUAAUUGGGAUGUGUGUUUUCAGCACACGUGUGUGUGUGUGUGUGUACACGUGUGUACUUUUAAGCCUCGAGUUGGAAUGUUAAACAAAACUGAGUUCCUGCCCUCAUGGAGAUUACAUUCUAUUGAGGAAGAUCGUAAACAAGCUUUGUAAAAACAACUUAAAAUAUUUACAAAUUAUGUAGGUGUUUUGAAGACAGUAAACGGGUACUGUGUUAGAGAUUAAUAGGAGGAAACUUUAGAGAGAAUGUUCAGGGAAGGUCUUUUCUGGAAAGGUAAAUAUUUAAGCUGAAAUCUGAUGGAUGGGAAGAAUACAACCAUGAAGUAAGCAGAAGGAAGAGUAUUUCCAGCAAGUACAAAGGCUCUGAGGUAUGGAAAACUUAAAAAAGGCCAGUUAGAUGUAGCCUAGUUAACAAGAGGUAAAGAGCCUUAAGAUGAAAUUGGAGAGGAAGUCAGAGGGUGCAGGACCUUGAAGGCACUGAUAAAGAUUUGAAUUUUAUUUUAAGUGCACUGUGAAGCUACUGAACAGGUAGAGGAGGAACAUGAUCUCAUUAAAAAGUAAUAGGCUGUUCUAUGGAGAAUGGGUUAAGAGUGGGAGGCAAGGAUAGUAGAAAAUAGACCAUUUAGGAGGAGAUUGCAGUAGACCAAAAGAGAGAUGAGAUGGCUUGGUUUAGUGAGGAUGAGUGGAAGCAGACCUAAUCGGUAAAUAUUUUGGUGGUAGAACUCAAUGACAUGCUGAUGGAUUGGUUUGGAGGUAUAUGAGAGAAAGGAGAAAUGCUUCGGUUUCUGGUUUGAGCAGGUGGGUAGAUGUUAGUGCCCAUUAUUGAGUUGGGGAAAACUUGAGAGAAAAGUAGGCAUUUUUUUAGGGGUAAAGGUGGGGCAUAGAAAUUUAGGAACAAGAGUUUGGUUUCAUACUGCUAAGUUUGAGAUGUAUGUUGAAACAUACAAGGGGAGAAUGUCAUGUAGACAAUUGGACAUUUGGAGAUCAAAGGGAAGAUAUGGGCUGAAAAUAUAUGUUUGAGACUCAGUACCUUAUUGGUAUAUUUUAAGUCAUGGGUCACUAAAGGAGAGCAAGUAUAGAAGAGAAGAGGUUCUAUAACCAGGCUCUAAGGAACUGCAGUGAUUUGAACAGUUCAUAGAGUUGAAACUCAGGGAUUUGAUGUUAGAGUAGCAAACAUUCAACGCCAGCAAAAUAUUACUGAUUUGAGCCUAUGGAAAUGGGAAUCCAGUCCCCUCCACAGUGUAGAGGAUGUUAUGUUAGAAAAUUGUAGCAGGAAUGGGUGUGUAUCUGAGUAUAGUAAAAGUCAUCUAGCAUGAAAAUCUUCACUAAUGACCGGACUACUUAAAACAUUAGUUGCCACUCAAGUAUCUCUUCUGCUUGACACUAGCAUCUGUUCUUUUAGAUUAUUUCUUUGUGAGUCAGUCUCCUUGAUGUUUCAUAUUAGGAGACAAUAUCAAAUGCUGUACAAUGAUUGUUAGGUAAAAUUACAAACCUUGCAAAACAUGCAGUUUUUCAUGAAAUUCAUAACCUUGAAUUUCGAUAAUUAUUUGAAUUACAAAUAGAGCCAUUGACCAGUGAGAUGCCAGUUAGCCAGUUAAGUGAAUACAUCAUGACAGGGUAGACAUUUCUAAAGAAUGAUUUUAAUAUCAAAGGAUUAAGAGAGGCCCUUGGGAAAAUUGAUGAAACCCUCAAAUGUUAUGCAAAAAUGGCCCAUCUAAUGAACAUGCUGACAAAAAUGAACGUAAAAUGAAGGCUGUCUUGUGGUGCCAUAAUAAAAAUUUGCCAGAAAAAUUAUUCCAAGAAACUCGCAGUUAACACUGGAUUCAUUCUUUGGUCAUUCUAAGAAUUAGCACUUAGUUGAAACUAACUUAAACUUUGUAAAAUAUUUCUUGGUUCCUUUUUUUCCAAAAUAAAAUACUAGUAAAGAAAUAAAAACUGUAUACAAUGAAAGUAUUAUUCCUUUUUAAAGUGGAUUCACCUUAAGUGGCCUAUUAUCCUUAAUUAAUGACGACUUUCUGUGUAAUACACAAGGUCUUUUUGUUACGGGCUUUAUGUGUUUAGCUGGUAUAUUCAAAAGGAAAUUAUGCUUUAUGGUGAAAGAUUUGCAUAUUGCAGUAUGCUCUGAUUCUUAAUAAAAACAACUCCCCAAAACAAAUCCAGAGUGUUGUCGUUAUUAAAUGCUGUACUGUAUUUAUGAACUUGUAGUCUGUGAGGCAGACUGCAAGGUGUUAAGAGGCAGUUGUUCUUAGAUGCCCUUGAGUCAGUUCCGACUCUUAGCGACCCUGUAUGUACAACAGAACGAAGCACUGCCUGGUCCUGUGCCAUCCUCAAAAUCGUUGGCUAUGUUUGAGCCCAUUGUUACAGCAGGCUCUUGAAAUUAGUGGUAGACUAUGCAGGCAACAGUAGUUAUAUCAAGUGUUGAGGGUGGUGUGCAAAGAACUUGUAGUAAUGAAGUGGUGGUAUUUUCCUCAUUUACAAAUGUAAAACUGCUAGCUGUCCUUUUAAUGUAUGAAGGACAGUAUUGAACUAUUAACUGUCUACAACAACUUCUUUUUAAAGUCAGAAAUAGCUUUUGAGCAGGAAAAAAAGUCAUUCUGUCGUAUCUGCCCUUGGUAAUUGGAUUGCUUGUAAGUACUGCUACAUGGAUUAGCAACUAGAGAUAAUUGCUUCUAAGUGCUGUCACAUGGGUAAGCAAUUAGAAUUUCAUUUGCAUGAAAUGAAAUAACAUUAGUCAGCUUGUUAGUAGUUUAGUGAAGUGUUGAAAGUUAAGUUGGUUGGGCUUACCCUAACAAGAUUUUUAGCUAUCUGUGUAAUCCCUUUUCCGUUAAUUUUUUGGGGGAUUAGGUAUUAGAAAAUAGUAGAAAGUAGAUGGCAGGACAUUUUAAAUUACUCAAAUAAGGGCCUGUUUUGAAUUUUGUUCUGUAUAUUGUUCAGAAAGAGUGCAAAUGAAUGUGAAUUUUACAUGUGCCUCUAAUUCUAGUAGUCUUGGAGAUUGUUAGUACUAACUUACUACUUCAAAUUUGGGUUUACCUAAUUUACUAUGGACAGUUUGGCUGUCAAUCUUGAUUGUAGUAUUUCCUACAGGAGUAGUUAUCCAGCCUUGCUCAAUAAUUUGCCAUAUUCAAAACAUUACAAUUUUUAAAAAUUGUUUGCAUUUUGUGUUAGGGCAACUUUUUUUCUGUCUUUAGUAGGUAGAGUUGAGUUUUCUCUGUAUUAUAUCUUCAUAUACUUGAGGUGAAUAUUUUCUGUAUUGUAAUAUCUUCAUAUACUUGAAAAAAGUUGGCUCUUAAGCUUUGAAAUGGAGUCAGUUCUAUGAAAUAAUUGUUAUUCAUGGAGCAUGAAUUAAUAAUUUAUUUCAUAGAUAAUAAGCGGGAAAUUUCAGGAACUAGAAAAUGUCAGUUGUUUAGGCCUAGUCGAACAAACAGAAACUGUGUCCUGCUGAACUAUAACUUUCCAUUACAAUGCUGAGAGUAACGUAGUUACAUUUGUGUCUCUAGAAAUGCUGUAGCACAAGUAACUUACUGCAUAUUUCUAGAACUAAAUGGUGUUAAUCGUUUUUACUAUAUUGAACGCUUUUUAGAAAAGCUGUUUUACACUUAAGGGGAUACUGAUGAACUUCCUUAAAACUAACUUCAUUUAAUUUUGCCAUUGUCGGUGUUAGCUUUGCAUGUCCAGUUGUAUUGAUUGUCCUGAUGUAAAUUCAGUUUAGCAUAUUUAUUGAGUGCCUGCUUUACAUGCUUAAUGAUCAGACAUGGAGAUAGGGAUAGUUUUCUUCCUUGUUCUCCUUAAUCGUUUUCUGUUUUUUUAAAAAAAGUCUCUUAUAGUUACUUGAAAACAGAGAUUCUUAUCUUGGAUUCCUGAGAGUUUGAUGCGUCUGUAAACCCCUCUGGAAUUACAUAGAAAAUUUUGUUGUUCACCUAUGUAAGGAGAGAUUCUGUAUGUUUUAUCAGCUUCUUUUAAAGGGUUCUAUGUCUCAAAAAUGGCUAAAGACGCAUUCUUUAAGGGCUUAUUCAAUGUAGAGAAAAUUGAUAGUUAAACUUGUAUGAUAAUAAUGUUUACAAUCAGAAUGCAAAUCUUCACCUCUCGGUAAUAUUGGACAUGUUGCUUUUCUACCUGUGGCAGAAUAAUCUUCAAAAAGCAAAACUAAAAGAAAUUGAAACUUUUGUUUUUUUUUUGAACAUAGAUAAUGAGUUACAAGGCACUAAUAGUUCUGGAUCGUUGGGUGGUCUUGAUGUUCGCAGACGAAUUCCUAUAAAGCUCAUCUCCAAGCAAGCGAACAAAGCCAAAACUGCACCACGAACUCCAAGGACUGUAAACAGGAUGCCUGCAAAGGCUUCAACUGGUGAUGAAGAAGGAUUUGAUUAUAAUGAAGAAGAACGAUAUGACUGUAAAGGGGGUGAACACUUUGGAAAUCAGCGAAGAUUUCCUGGACACCUUUUUUGGGACUUUCAGAUAAACAUCUUAGGUGAAAAGGAUGAUACACCAGUUCAUUUCUGUGACAAAUGUGGAUUACCUAUUAAAAUCUAUGGGCGAAUGAUUCCAUGCAAACAUGUUUUUUGCUAUGACUGUGCUAUUUUACAUGAAAAAAAGGGAGAUAAGAUGUGUCCAGGCUGUAGUGAUCCUGUGCAGCGAAUUGAACAGUGUACACGAGGUUCUCUCUUCAUGUGUAGCAUUGUUCAAGGGUGCAAGAGAACAUAUUUGUCUCAAAGAGACUUACAGGCUCAUAUCAACCAUCGCCAUAUGAGAGCUGGAAAACCUGUUACCCGUGCUUCACUUGAAAACGUUCAUCCUCCUAUUGCCCCACCACCAACUGAAAUCCCUGAUCGUUUUAUAAUGCCGCCAGACAAGCAUCAUAUGAGCCAUAUUCCACCAAAGCAGCACAUCAUGAUGCCACCACCUCCUUUGCAACACGUGCCACACGAGCACUAUAAUCAACCACAUGAGGAUAUUCGUGCUCCUCCAGCAGAGUUGUCCAUGGCUCCACCUCCACCUCGUUCGGUCAGUCAGGAAACCUUUCGUAUUUCAACAAGAAAACACAGCAAUUUAAUAACUGUCCCUAUUCAGGAUGACUCAAAUUCAGGUGCUAGAGAACCACCACCUCCUGCCCCAGCACCUGCUCACCAUCAUCCUGAAUAUCAGGGUCAACCAGUGGUAUCGCACCCUCAUCAUAUUAUGCCUCCACAGCAACAUUAUGCACCACCCCCACCUCCUCCACCACCAAUAAGCCAUCCAAUGCCACAUCCUCCCCAGGCUGCAGGUACUCCUCACUUGGUUUAUAGUCAAGCUCCACCUCCACCAAUGACCUCUGCUCCACCACCAAUAACCCCUCCCCCUGGACAUAUUAUUGCCCAGAUGCCACCUUAUAUGAAUCAUCCUCCUCCAGGACCUCCCCCACCUCAACAUGGUGGUCCACCUGUAAGUGCACCCCCUCCUCACCAUUAUAAUCCUAACUCUUUACCCCAGUUCACUGAAGAUCAAGGAACUCUGAGCCCUCCAUUUACACAACCAGGGGGAAUGAGUCCUGGUAUAUGGCCUGCACCAAGAGGGCCGCCGCCUCCUCCACGAAUGCAGGGUCCGCCUUCUCAAACCCCACUUCCUGGACCCCAUCAUCCAGAUCAGACAAGAUAUAGACCUUAUUACCAAUGAUAAUAGUAUUUUGAACUGAAGAUAUGAUGAGAAAAAAAAAAAACAUGUAGUCAACCUUUUAAUUAAGCUUUGACUGUUUGGGGAAGGAAAAGCACCUCUUACAGAGGGGGCUGUAAAACACUUUAGGGUCUUGUCUCUUAAAAUGGUUUUAAACCUUGACCUUAGGACUGAUUUCAAGUACUAUACUGUAGUGCAUUUAAGUGGCUCAGUUGAGCACAGCUAUAUUUUAACAACUUUGUUCUCCUAGUGUGGUAAAUCGACCCAGAGGUGACCAUUUGUAAUAUUAUUUCCUGAAAAAAAUUUUCAUUGUUCCACUUUCAAAAGUAUUGCUUUUGUUAAACCCAAUGUUUAGUUUUUCUUGUGAUACAUUUUGUUAACCUGUGUAAACGGAUUAAAUUUCAAUAUGGUUGUAAAAAUGCUAUUUUUACGUGAAUUUAAGUGCAGCCACGUACUGUUUUUUAAAACCAUAAUGUUUUACCACUAAUUUCCCAAAGUUACAAUAAAAUUCUCAAAGUAAACAUCUACUAGAAUUUACUGUAAGGCAGGCAGUUAAAUGGCAGAAAAUUAUUUCACAUAGUAGGCACUGAAAUUUUGAGGUAUAGUAAGUAUGUAAUGCACUUCACUUGGAUGCCUUUUCAUCUUUAGGCAGCCUCAGGAGCACCAAAAUACAUUGGAAUUACAGUACUAAAAUAUUAUUUAUGUUUGUAAUAUUAAAAGGCAUUACUAAUUAUUUGGAAGGAUAUGGUAAAAGUAACUGUCUCUAUAGGUGCCAAGCUGGUGGGGGAUGUGGUUACUCAUUCAUCCUUUUUUAGUGAAUGGUUGGAGUCACAUAAUGCACCACACUUACUAAUCUUAAAUAACAUUAUUACUGUUCAGUGGUAUCAUUUAGAUGAAAUGUGUCCUGCUCUGCUAAUUGUCAUAAACUAAAUAUUAAGGGCUGGAUAGGCUUGUUACAAUUCCUCAUCUCGUAGUAGGGUUUGAUCCUGUGUGUAAGUGGUUUCUUGUUUAUUGGAUUUAAACUAUAAUUUGAAUGCCAUGGAGGAAUUUGGAUAACGUAUUAAUGAAAGACAUUCUUAAAAUCACAAACUUGCA